AUGCCUCGCUUCCAGGUGGGAUGGACGCGGUACAUUCCCUUUCUCGGGUACCACCACGUCCUCAUGAUCCUCAUCGCCAUCUCCAUCAUCCUGCUCUCGCUGCUCCUCGCCGGCUGCUCCUCGUCGUCGCCCCUCAUCCCCGACAUCUUCCUCCUCUCGCUCUACUACAAGAGCUACGAGGCGACGCCCGACACGGCGCAGGUCUACUACAACGUGCACUCGGCGCUCGCCAACAUUGCCGGCGGCGCGCAGCUGCAGGCCCGCGUUGGGUACUUUGGCAUCUGCGUCAACCCCGACGGCGGGUCCUGGCUGUGCAGCAACAACGCGACGGCGCUGGCGAAGGAGGUCAGCCAGGACCAGGAUCCGCUGAAUCUGAUUUGGCUGGCGGCGCAGUUUAAAGACAUGAUUGUCUUUCCCUAUCUAAUAAUCAUUGCCAUCAUCUUUGCCUUUCUCUGCGUCCUCCUCCUCGCCACCUUUCCCUCGUGGUACGAGGAGGAAGAUUCCGAGGGCUCCGACCGCGUCGUCCGCGCCAUACCCUCGCGCGCCGUCUCCCAGGUCUCCCUCGCCAUCAUCUUCAUCGCCAGCAUCUUUGUGCUCGUCUCGGUGCUGUGGCAGCACACGGCGUCGGUCGCCGCCUCGGUCAUUGCCCAGGACUUUGCCAACGGCGUCGUCAAGUCGGGCGUCGGCACGUCGGCCAUGGUGCUCGGCUGGUUCUCGUUUGCGCUGCUCAUCAUUGUCACGAUUGGUCUCAUUGUCACGAUAUUAACGAUUAGUGUGGUGCAUCAGCUGGUGUAA